AUGUCCGGAAUGCCAUGGGAACUGGUGGCACCGAAAGUAGUCGGAGUCCGCCUCACAGGCCAACUUCAGGGCUGGACAUCGACAAAAGACAUCAUCUGCAAGCUUGCUGGAAUCCUCAGUGUAUCUGGCGGAAAAGGACGGGUCAUUGAGUUUUUCGGACCGGGAACUGAGACACUGGGUGCGACGGCUAUGGCGACUAUCUGUAAUAUGUCUGCUGAGAUUGGGUCAACGUCGUGUAUAUUCCCUCACUCGGAGGCUAUUGCGCGGUAUCUCUCAGCGACUGGUCGUGCAUAUGCUGCUAGUGCGGCGAAUGGGGUUAAGAAUGUCCUUUUAACAGCAGACGAGGGAUCAGAUGACUACUACGACCAAGUCAUCGAGAUUGACCUGACUGAGCUCGAACCUCACGUCAACGGACCGUUCACGCCGGAUCUUGCACACCCGAUUUCGCAGUUGAAGUCCGCAGUGUCGGGCAGCAACUGGCCGAAGGAACUGAGCCAUGCAAUGGUAGGUAGCUGCACAAACAGCUCGUAUGAGGACUUGGACAAAGCUCGUCAAUUGGUUCGCCAGGCCCGUGCCGCGGGCUUAACCAGCUUCAAAACACCCUUCCUCUUGACACCCGGUAGCGAGAAAAUCCGCGCUACGGCUGAAGCAGACGGGAUAUUUGAAGAGCUCCAAGAUGCCGGGGCUGUCGUGCUCAGCAGUUCCUGCGGUCCUUGUGUUGGGUCCUGGGAUCGAAAAGACGUUGAUGUGCGCGGAAAGGAGAGGAACUCGGUUAUCUCCAGUUUCAACCGUAACUUUGUUGGCCGGCAUGAUAGUAACCCAGCUACUCAUUCCUUCGUCACGUCGCCUGAAUUAGUCACGGCGUUCGCAUAUGCGGGCCGUCUUGAUUUCAACCCCAUCACCGACAACAUCCCUCAGGAAGGGAAUCAAGAGCCCUUCCGGUUCGACCCUCCUGUUGGUCGUGAGCUUCCCCUUGAUUUCGAGACAGGAGCACAAACCUUCCAAGAGCCAGUGGCAGACGGCUCUUCCGAAUCAGUCAUCGUCGACCCCCAGUCAGACCGUCUCCAACUCCUGACACCCUUCCCACCCUGGCAACCUGGAUGCGCAGAUGACAUGCAACUCCUCAUCAAAGUCCAAGGCAAAUGCACAACAGACCACAUCUCCCCCGCCGGACCCUGGUACAAGUACCGCGGUCACCUCGAGAAUAUCAGUAACAACAUGCUCACAACGGCCACAAAUGCUUUCCUCCCUAGCAGUCCGCAGAUGCUGGGUCACACCAGACAUCCCUUAACCUCUGAAGUCAGCGUCGUGCCCGAAGUAGCUCGUGAUCUACAACACCAUGGCAUCCGCUGGUGUAUCAUCGGCGACCAUAACUACGGCGAAGGCUCCUCGCGCGAACAUGCUGCCCUUGAACCGCGGUAUCUAGGCGGAGUUGCUAUCAUCGCUCGCUCGUUCGCGCGGAUCCACGAGACGAAUCUGAAAAAGCAGGGCAUGUUGCCGCUUACUUUUGACGAUGUUGCUGAUUAUGAUAGGAUCAAGGAUGGGGAUCGGAUUCAGUUGAUUGGGGUGGAUGAGGGUGAGUUGGAGCCUGGGAGGCAAGUUACUAUGAGGGUUACCCCGAGGGAGGGAGAGGCUUGGGAGACGAGGUUGAAUCAUAGUUAUCAUAGUGGGCAGAUUCGGUGGCUGCGGGCGGGGAGUGCGCUGAAUUAUAUCAAGGGUAGGGCUCGGUAG